AUGGAGCUGCACGGAAUGGGUUAUGCAGGAGUUGGAAUCGGAGUCGUGGUGCUCACUAUAAUGAGGCAUCAUGUCGGUCUUCAUCGUGGUUACCAUUAUCUCGCCAAUAUUUUCAAGCUGUACGAGGACCCGGAAGCGGUGGUCUCCUGCAAAAGCCAAUUCAAGAAAAAUGAUGUUGUUACAAUGUUUUUCUAUGGGACAGCCGUAUUCAACUUUCCGUACAGGAAGACUCAGGAAGUAAUCUCUUUGGUUGGCGCCUAUUCCAAUCCCAAGGUGUUGUUCCAAGUAGAGACGUACGCUGCUGCUCUUCGACUAGCGAUUUCGUCGGCCGGUCUUUGUGUGUGCGGGUUAUUCUGCGCAUCGUCGUUCAGGAAACGAAAUGGCAAUAGCUAUAUGAUCACAUGGAUAGCGUUCUGGUGCAAUUAUAUGUCAUGUUUCAUGUCUGUGUUUGCCGUUGUUGUUGUGCUGUCACUAUUGCGUGAGGCCAGUCCCGGUUCCUUAAUCAGCUUCUCAGUCAAUAAACAAGUGGAGAAGUCGGCGUAUGGCUACGGUAAUUUGUUGGCAAGCACCAUCAUUUUCAUGCCUUCAGUUAUACCCCUUAUCUAUUUGGUUCGGAAGGCAGUGAAAUUGAAAAAAGAUGAGAAAUUCUCAAAGCUUUUUGAGAUCGCACGAGAGCAUCCAGCAUUCCUUCGCAUCAGCGCGGAAAGCUUUUUGGGCCAGGGUAAGCUAACGUUUUACCUGCUGAUCUCAUUUCUGUUCUAG